AGGAAAAAUACACAGUCAGUGCGAAGGGAAAAGAAAACGUAGAAGAAGCGUACGUUCCCUGCUGCCUUGGUGGUGUUCGUAUCCGUGUACGAUUUCGUUCCGAUUAUCGGUGAGAUUUGCAGCGAAUUUACGAAACAAUCUCCGUCGCCGUUCCGACCCCGUUCGCGUUCACCGCCCACCGUCGCGGGGACACUGGACGGGUGUUUGCGUGGGUCCGUUGUUUUGGCACGGAUUUGCCACGCUUCCCCUGCGUGCGCUUCGGGCUGAAGGGCCGCCCCACACUGUCGAGAGCGAGAGAAGGAGGGCCUUGGAACGUACGAGCACGACGACGACGACGACAAUACGGGAAGAAGUAGGUUUGCCUCGAGUCCCGCAGCCGUACGCGACGGACCAGUGUGGCCAGUCUCCUUCCGGAAAGUGCCUCCUCACUGUCUACGUGUAGUGCCCCCGACUGGUGGUCCGUGUGAAUGUCGUCUGGCAGCAGCAACGUACGGUGGUAGUGUCUGUGUUUCGUCGGUUUGAGCACUACCGUGGUUGCAGCAGCAGCAGCACCCUCGUCGGUUGGCACACUUUGUUUCCGCUGUACCCGAACCGCCGAGUGACGCCUGUCCUGCCCCCGACGCGCAGCCAACAUGUUUAACAAUUACGGUAACACGAUGGCCUCGGACCCGUUCCGGAAGGUGGAACAGUACUCGCCCAAAUCGUCGCCCCGUGCUGGAGGGGCCGGGGGCCGAUCGCCCGUCGUCGCCCGCCAGGACUCCUCCGGCACGCUCAAAACGACGAUCCAGCUAGGCAAAAACCCCUCGAUACUGCACAGUGGACCGUUUUACUUAAUGAAGGAACCGCCAGGGGAAGGCGAACUAACAGGAGCCACGAAUCUGAUGGCCCACUAUGGCUUAGAGCACUCGUAUAGUAAAUUUAGUGGUAAAAAGGUUAAGGAACAGCUAUCAUCAUUUCUCCCGAACUUACCUGGCGUCAUCGACGGACCGGGACACCUCGAUAACAGUUCCCUGCGAAGUGUGAUCGAAAAACCACCGAUCGUGGGCAAAGAACUGCUUCCACUCACCAGUGUACAGCUUGCCGGAUUCCGUCUGCAUCCUGGACCGCUUCCGGAGCAGUACAAACACUUAAAAACCGCACCAACUAGAAAGCAUAAGAAUAAGCAUAAGAAACACAAACACAAGGAUGGCGUGGCGCCACCGGAACAGUCCGCGCUCGAGGCGGCCGGGCUGGACACGCACGAGAAGAAGCACAAAAAGCAGAAAAGGCACGAGGACGACAAGGAGCGCAAGAAGCGGAAAAAGGAGAAAAAGCGCAAAAAACAGCGCCACAGUCCGGAGCAUCCGGCGGGUGGUGGGGGUGGUACCGCCUCGGUACCACCGCAAACGCAAGUCUAUUAAGGAGAAGGUGGAUAUGGAUGGAGGGCUGGUCGUUAUUGGAGCUAGGGAGAGAGAGGGGGGCGGCUUUCUGUACCACCAGUACCACCACCGUGUCACCGUGGCAGCAAAAACAAAAACACAUACCGUUCAUUCAUACAUAGAUACACACACACCGGGGAGGAGGCGAAACGAACCAAAUCACUGUGGAGAUAAAGAAGCGAAACCUUUAUCAAGAAACCACCGCGGAACACACCACCAUCCCUUUUCCUCGGCUCGUGCUGCUAAACCGGCACAUGAUGGUUGUACAUCGAUGUGGCGUGUAUCGGUAUUAAACACCCACUUUGUUGUCCGCGCGUGUGUCUGCAGAGCGGGUGCGUUUUAAGCCGGGGAGAGAGAGAGAGUAAGUGGGAACACGACUUCCAAAACAGGAAUCUAGGGUUAAUCUAGGUCAGGAACGUCGCGUCGCGGGAGAAAGCGCGCAUUAAUGUUGGUUUCCGCCCGGUGGCAAAUGGUUUCCCCUCGGUGUGGAUUAUUUUACCAACAAAAAAACACAACAAAUUGCCUUCCUUCUCCACCCCAGCACAGCGUGUAAAGUGACACAGAAAAAGAAAGCGAUGAGCCGUAUGGCUUACACACACAGAACCAUAUUGACACAUCUAAAGGGCGGGAUCGAUCGAAGCAAGUUUUGGGGGAUGAUCCCGCGGAAUCGCUCCUCACACACAAGCAGACACAGAUCCUUCGAUUAAGCCUACCUAACAUUAGUGCCACUGGAUGGAGAGCGAUAGAGCGAAAGAGAGAGAAUGUUGUAUAUCAGAGGACGAAGAAAGCAGCGGACACUCACUGUAAGAUGCAUCGAAACUGUUGAAUCUUUUGUGGUGAAAAAGCGAAGCAAAGAUAGGAAAACAUUAACCCGUA